UUCACGAAACUAUAUUUGAACAAGAAAAACAGAAUAAAUUUCUGUUGCCUAAGAAAAAUCCCCUCUUUCUGUCUAUUUCUAUACAUUUUUUUCCCCAAAUCUUUCCCUUUUAUUAAAUCUCAGAAGAUUGUUAACCAGAGUCAAUUGCCAUUUUUGGAUUUUGAGAGCUGAAAACAUGGGGUUCAAGGAUUUUCAACUCAAGAUAGCCAAGAAACUUCGGUUGAGAAACUUUCUUGCCAAAGAAGAAGGAUACAAGAAGAGAGAAACGAACAAUGGGAAGAGGCUUUCAUGGAUGAUGCCUAUAACUCAUGGAUAUUACGUGGCGGAGGAAAAGCCGUUAGGCGGCGGAGCACCGCCACAAACACCUCAAAAUAACCAAGUAGAGUGUGAUAAAGUGGUGGUGCAAAGGGAACAAGUAGAAGAACAAGAGUGGUGGUUCUAUGGAGUUUUUGACACCCGAAUUGGUGGCGGAGUUACCAAGUACCUGCAGACUCAUCUGUUCGACGACAAUCUUAAUGAGUCACAGAUGAGGAAGAGAAGCAAGGAAACAUUGAAAAAGGCACAUAUGCAUGCAAAGGCUAAAGUCAGGGAAACAGAACUAGAGAAGACCUGGAACAUGGGUUCAGCUUCAGCAAUAGUCAUCAAUGGAGAGAAGCUAAUACUUGCAAAUAUGGGUGAAUACAAAGUAGUGGUAUGCAAAGAAGGCGAAGCUUUCGAAAUUAACAGAAGGCAACAGCAUACAACAAAGUCACAUUGGUCACACAAAUUCCUCCCAGGCAUGACAAUAUAUCAUCCUUUUACCCCUCUUUGUGAAUUUUCAUUUUGAUGUAGAGAUUAUAACUGAGUUGAUUGUUUUUCAUUCCUAUCAGUUGUCAUCAAACGCUUACCUAAAGUAAGAAGAACAUCCUCGGAUUCUGGAAAGGGAGCUGCAGCUAAUAAGCCUUCUAAAAGCUCAGAACUUGCCGUUGGUUCUGAAAAGAUUGAUCGCGAUAUUGAAUUUGUUAUCUUAGCUAGUCCUGGCAUAUGGGAGGUAAUGAAGCAGCAAGAGGCAGUGAACUUGAUUAGGCAUUUGGAAGAUCCUCAAGAAGCUGCUGAAUGCUUAGCCAAAGAAGCUUUGACUAGAAUGAGCAAAAGCAAUGUUUCCUGCCUCAUCAUUAGAUUUGAAUAAUGCAGAAAUGAUAAAAACCUCAAAAGACAUUUUUGUUUGUGUAGAAUAGAAACUACACCUUCAACUAAUAUACUUUGUUAUGAGUCAUUCCCAUUUACAGAACUGGGAAAUGACAUUCCAAUACAAGUUAGCUAAUAUGUUAGCAAAUUGAGAUUGCUGUCAAGUGUUCUGUAAGGUCAAGCUAGAAUUUCAUAACUAGGUUUGGCUAUAUCAAGAAAAAGAAUUUCAGUAUUGAUGUUUUUCUCUUUUUUCCCUCUAACAUAUUUAUUUCAUUUUA